AUGGUGAACCUUUGGCUUGAAUUUUCCUUCUCCAUGUUCUCACUGCUUUGUUAUCUCACAGUCUACCCAACUUUAUGUCACGCCAACUUCACCAGAAAUGAUGAAUUGGCACUUCUUGCUUUCAAAUUUUCUGUGAGAGACCCAUUCAUUCAUUUGGCUAAUUGGUCCAACUCUUCCUCCAUUUGUAAUUGGACUGGGGUUACUUGUGAUGCUAAUGGUGAGAGAGUAAGUAUAUUGAAUCUUGCUGACAUGAGUCUCAUGGGCGCCUUACCCUCACAAGUGGGGAAUUUGUCCUCCCUUGUUGAACUUGACCUUCAUAACAACAACUUUCAUGGUGAAUUACCGAUGGAGAUGCUGCAAUUACACAAGUUGAAAAUUCUCGACUUGAGUCAUAAUGAAUUUGAUGGGAAAAUUCCAGCUUGGAUUGGAGGUUUAUUUGCUCUUCAGCACCUGACUUUUCAUAAUAAUAGUUUUGAGGGUGUUAUUCCUCCAAGUGUGUCGAAUUUGUCAAAGUUAGAGACCUUGGAUUGGACCUCUAAUUCUAUCCAUGGAUCCAUUCCUCCUGAGAUUGGGAGUCUCCAACAUUUAAAGAUUUUACGUAUAGAAGGGAACAAUCUUUCAAGAAAAAUACCUCCAACUAUUUCUGGCUUAUCCUUACUCGAGCAGAUGUCUUUGUCAUACAACUCCUUAAUAGGAAAUAUUCCUCAAACAAUUGGUUAUCUAACAAACUUGAAAAUAAUAUAUCUUGGUGCUAACAAGUUGUCUGGCCAAAUACCAAGGAAUAUUGGAAACUUGACGAAACUUCAAGAGCUAGACCUUGGUCAAAAUAACAUUGAAGGAAAUAUUCCUCAAACAAUUGGUGAGCUCACAAACUUGAAAAUUAUACAAUUCUUAUCUAACAAGUUGUCUGGCCAAAUACCAAGGAAUUUUGGAAACUUGACAAAACUUCAACAGCUAGACCUUGGUGAAAAUAACAUUGAAGGAAAUAUUCCUCAAACAAUUGGUGGUCUCACAAACUUGAAAAGCAUAUAUCUAGGUGUGAACAACUUGUCUGGCCAAACACCACAGAAUAUUGGAAACUUGACAAAACUUCAAAUGCUAGACUUUGAUGAAAAUAACAUUGAAGGAGAUAUUCCCAAAGAGAUUGGUAAUCUUAAAAGCUUGACAAUUCUAUAUUUAGACCUCAAUCAGUUUUCUGGUCAAAUACCGUCAACAAUCUUCAAUAUAUCUGAGUUGCAAGAGAUUGAUUUAAGUGGGAAUAAUUUGUCAAGAGGCAUUCCUUCUAAUAUAUGCAAUGGACUUCCAAAUUUACAAUAUUUGGCUCUUCAAGACAACAACUUAUUUGGAGCUAUACCAUCUAGUUGGACACAAUUCAAGCAUCUCAAGAUGUUAAAAUUAGAAGGAAACUUUUUGACAGGAGAUCUACCAGGAGAUAUUGGAAACUUAACUAUGCUUCAAAUGUUAACUCUUGGUUACAAUAACUUAAAAGGUAAUAUUCCAUCAAAUUAUGGGAACCUCACUAAUUUGUAUAAACUCUCUAUAGAAGAAAACAUUUUGAUUGGAAGGAUUCCAACAACAAUUAGUAGCAUACAAGAUCUUCAGUAUUUGAGUCUUAAAGGUAAUAAGUUACAUGGUGCAAUCAUUGAAGAGCUAUGUGGAAUGCCAAGACUUGCUUAUUUAUAUCUAAGUGAGAACAAGUUUUCUAGAUCAAUACCGCAUUGCAUGGGAAAUGUUACCUCCUUACGAGAACUUCACUUGGACACUAACGAGUUAACUUCAGAAAUUCCCUUUUCUUUUUGGAAUUUGAAGGACAUAUUGAUCGUAAACUUGUCUUCAAAUAGUUUAGUUGGAAAUCUAUCACUCAAUAUUGGCAACUUAAAAGCUCUUGUGUCAUUGGAUUUGUCAAGAAAUCAUAUUUUAGGAAUCAUUCCCUCAACCAUGGAUGGCUUGCAAACUUUGCAAAAUCUCUCCUUAGCAUAUAACAAUUUGCAAGGAAGUAUUCCCAAAUCACUUGGAAAUAUUCCAAGUUUAAUGAAUUUGGACCUUUCCCAUAAUAAUUUGUCUGGUGAGAUUCCCAAAAAUUUGGAGUCACUUGCUUAUCUAAAGUUUAUCAAUCUCUCAUUUAACAAACUACAAGGAGAAAUUCCGAGCGGAGGUGUUUUCAAAAAUUUGACUGCUGAAUCUUUUAUGAUGAAUGAAGCUCUUUGUGGUAAACAAGAACUAAAAGUACCUCUUUGUAGAAAAGGAAAAAGGUCAUUCAAUAAAUCACUUUUAAUGAAGUGCACAUUACCCAUAUUUGUGUCAACAAUUUUGAUUGUUUUAGGCAUCCUUCUUUUAAGACAAAGACAACCAAAUUCAUGGGAUUCUUUUGAAAGGGAUUCACCAAAUUUAGGAGGACAAAGAAGGAUUUCUUAUUUUGAAAUUCUAGAAGCAACUAAUGGAUUUGAUGAGAGUAACUUUAUUGGAAGUGGGAGUUAUGGUGAUGUGUUCAAAGGAAAGCUUUUGAAUGGGAUGAUGGUUGCAAUUAAAGUAUUUAAUUUUGAUUCUGAGAAAAUGUCAAGGAGCUUUGAAGUGGAAUGCAACACAAUGCGCAAUGUGCGCCAUUAUAAUUUGGUGAAGAUCAUAAGUAGUUGUUCCAAUGUUGAUUUCAAGUGCCUGAUAAUGGAGUUCAUGCCUAAAGGGAGUCUUGAAAAAUGGUUGUAUUCUCAUAACUAUUGUUUGAAUUUUCUACAAAGGCUGAAUAUAAUGAUAAAUGUAGCAUCUGCUUUGGAAUAUCUCCAUCAUGGCUUGUCAGCACCAAUAGUUCAUUGUGAUAUGAAGCCAAGUAACAUUUUGUUGGAUGGCGAUAUGGUUGCUCAUGUGAGUGACUUUGGGAUUUCCAAACUUUUAGAUGAAGGGCAAUCUAAAAUACAUACAGAGACGAUACCUACAAUUGGAUAUAUCGCACCUGAAUAUGCAUCUGCUGGAGUUGUUUCAAUGAAAGUGGAUGUGUAUAGCUAUGGAAUUAUAUCAAUAGAAGUGUUCACAAGAAAAAGACCAACAGAAGACAUAUUUGAUUCAGGAUUGAACUUGAAGAGUUGGGUAAGUAACUCAAUGCCACAUGAAAUAAUUAAUAUCAUGGAUUCCAAUUUAUUGCAGGGAGAUGAACAAUAUAUUGGUGAUAUAUUGACUUCUACGUCCUGUAUUUUUGAAUUGGCAUUAAAUUGUUGCACUGAUUUUCCUGAAAUGCGAAGCAACAUGACAAAUGUUGUAGUGUCAUUAAACAAGAUCAAGAACAUGAUUAUUCAAAGGCAACAUCUUUGA